AACUCACUUGCAGUGGCAAAUUAGCCUUUCUCUUAACCCUUCCGUUAACAUUUAAUAGUCUGUUCAUCAGCCCUUCCUCUGUGUCUGAUGUGGCCUUCUUUUUGCUGAGAUGGAUGCUGAGGUGGAGGCACGGCUGGACAAAUACCUCAAAAUCAGCAUAUUACAAAUCUGGUGAUACAGGUAAACCUAGAGGAGGAGAUGGUGGUGUUGGAAAAGAUUUUGAUGGCUAAACGAGUUGGAAGACGAGUUAACUUAGCAGUUGCAGAGUCUAACUUGUUCGAGAUGGAGUGCGUCCACUUUGGGAAUUUAGUGGGUUGCUUGAGGCCGAUGCUUCAUGAUCUGGUCGGCUGCAUCUCUGCUGCUUCUCCGCCCUUAUACGACUGGCCAAUCGUCCGCAUAGUCACUGAAGUCUCCAAAAACCUUGAGCGCGCACUGACCCUAGUCCGGAAGUACAAGCGAUGCACCUUCUUUCGUCGGUUUGUCACCGGAAAGCACACAACCGAUUUCCCCAGAAUCUUUGCACUUCUGGAAUCUUCAAUUGCCAAUAUGAACUGGUUGCUAAGCCUCUUCGACCCAAACAUCGGCUGCACCUCUAGGGAACUUGACCUAUCCGUGCCUCCAAUUGCAAUCAAAGAUCCGGUUAUUUCAUGGGUCUGGGCGUUCAUCGCCACCAUUGAAAUGAGUCUACUGAAAAAUCGCAUCGAGGCCAUCGACAAUCUUGCUAAAAAAAGGUUCAAUUUUUAAAAGACGAAGAGGGGAAGAAGGUGAUAGAAGUUGCCAAACAAAAUAAAAGCCUAGAUAUCCUCAAAAUAUGGUAAUUUGACAGACGAUUCAAAGCUUGACGAAAAACCCCAUGCUCGAUGAAUUGCAGAUCUUGCUAAACAAAGACGAAGAAGGGAA